GGAACACGGUUUGAGGAAAUUCACCGAACGUCGGUAAACUUCCUGUGACGCAACAAUUCCGAUUCUACAAAACAACGUCGGUCGAACGCUGCCGUCCUGUGGUGGCGAAAAGAUAGCGAACGUGUUACAUUUGGAUAAGUUAACAGCUAUUUCAAACGUGUAAUUAUUUACGAUAUCAUUUACAUUCGCAAAUGGUAUUUCUCAGGUAGAAAGGCCGCCUUGCGUUCCCAUCCAGUCGGCGUUUGUCGUUGAACGAGCACCCUUAGCCGUUAGCCUGGGAGGCUAACGGAGUCCACAAUGGAGGGCAGCGCUAGCGUGCGGAAAGCCCUGUCCGGGACUCUCGUCCCUUCAGCGGUCACAACAGUGGCUCUCCGGCAGCAGCCCGAGGAGACGGAGACGGAGACGGGGAAGCUGAAAAGAAAGGUCCUCGAUGAAGAGGAGUACAUUGAGAGUUUAGAGAAGAUCAUCCAGAGGGAUUUCUUCCCAGAUGUGACAAAAUUGCAAGCGCAGAAGGACUAUCUGGAAGCAGAGGAAAAUGGAGACCUUGCGAGAAUGAGAGAGAUAUCCAUCCGUUAUGGAUCAUCUUUGACAAAAUCUACACCACGACCUUCUGCACCCUAUGUGACUCCAGCUAGCUUUGAGACACCAGUGGGCCACGCAGGGUCUCCCUCAUCCAUUCAUGGCAAUAAAGGUUUAGAUGAGGAGAGCAAAGAUGAUAGCAAGGAAGAGAAAGAGCUGCCCUGUCUGGAUCGUUUCCUUGCUAAAAAUACCAGUGAGGAUAAUGCAUCAUUUGAACAGAUAAUGGAUCUGGCAAAAGACAAGGAGAAACUGAAGCACGCCUGGUUAUAUGAGGCUGAGGCUGAAUUCAAACAGCGCCAUGAGGAGAACCUUGCUUUACCGUCAGUAGAGAAGGCAGCACUUGAAUGUGUCAAAGCUGGGUUGGAGACAUGGGAGUACAAAGCGAAGAAUGCCUUGAUGUAUUAUCCAGAGGGUGUUAAAGACGAUGAUGCUAUUUUUAAGAAGCCAAGGGAGGUAGUUCACAAGAACACACGCUUUGCUAGAGACCCAUUCAGCAAAGCUCUCAACAAAAGCCAGAUUCAGCAGGCUGCGGCUCUCAAUGCACAGUUCAAACAGGGUAAAGUAGGUCCGGAUGGGAAAGAGCUCAUCCCACACGAAUCCCCAACAGUGAAUGGGUAUGGUUUUGAAAGAACGCCUUCCCCUGCACCUGGUGUAUCUGAGUCCCCUCUGAUGACCUGGGGUGAGAUCGAGAGUACCCCAUUUCGUCUGGAUGGAUCAGACACCCCAUAUGUUGAGAGGAAUCACGGCCCAUCAUUUAAGAUUCCAGAACCGGGACGACGAGAGAGGCUGGGUUUGAAGAUGGCCAAUGAAGCUGCUGCUAAAAACCGUGCAAAGAAACAGGAGGCAUUGCGAAAGGUCACAGAGAACCUUGCAAGCCUUACGCCUAAAGGUCUGAGCCCCGCCCUCACCCCCGCCCUGCAGAGGCUUGUAAAUCGGACAUCUAGCAAAUACACGGACAAAGCACUAAGAGCAAGUUACACCCCAUCUCCCUCACACAGUGUCACGGGCUGCAAGUCUCCCUUUGGUGGUCCAUCCACUCCGUCAGGAACACCAACACCAAACAAAACCAAGACGCCAAGCUCUCAGGACGUUACGUCACUCACAGACAAUCUGCUGCAACUUCCCAAGAGACGGAAAGCCUCAGACUUUUUCUAACUAAGAAAAGCUGCUCUUUGCUGGGAUUGUACAAAACAGACUUAUUAUGUAAUGUCUUUCGGCUGGAUGACUCGAUAAAGAAAUGCACAGUGGACUGCAGAAAUUGUAAGGAUUCAUUGGUUAUAAUUUUGUGUGGAUAAGUUAAGGUAGAUCCCGGUGAAAUAUAAUGUCCAAAUUCUAUGUCAUUUUUUGUUUAUCUUAAUUUUUUUUUUUUUUUAUCCCUAAUGCAAGGUUUCAUAGAUUUUUGUACAGUUAUUUCCAGUUAAACUUUUGCUAUCCCUGCCACCUACCCACCAGCACAUGCUUAACUGAUAUUUUUAAUAUUAUUAGAACACAGUAGUUGUUUCAGAGAUUCACACAUUCAAAUUAGAUUUUAAUGCACUGCAUCUAAUAGCCUAUCGGCCAGUUCUUCAUACAUGUAGCCAUGGAAUUUCAGUGUGUCUCUGCAUCAAAGAAAUUGCUCAAAAGUACAUGCUUUGUUACCUAACAGUAGGUCUCCCUAUUGUCACACUUUUGUGUUGGUCUGUACAGAAAAAAAACAAAAAAGAAAAAAAACACAGGUCUUCAGUUACAGUUAACUGAUUAUGAGCGUAAAUGAUGAAUGUUUCUUUUGCCGUAUGUCUUCUUAAUUUAAAGUUGAAAGAUUUACAGGCUGAGCUUGGCUUAGCCUCAUAAAACUACAACCCUUUUUCUUAAAAUCUUUAUUUAAAUUGGACAUUUUUGACUAAAAAUGGUCUGCAGAAGAAUAUGAUAAAUGUAUCGCUUGAUCGCAUCCUUGUCAAUAGUUCUGUUCUACCUCCUACUGGUGGUAGAACAGAGCUGUGAAUAAGAAACUUUCGACCUUUUCUUUUUCUCAAUCAAGCUUCAAAUCUAAAGGCAUAGUCAUACUGCUCUCUGUUAAAGCUGCAACAAGAAAUACUUCAACAUGUACUCAGUGUGCUUAUUGGAACAUUAGAGGUUAAAGGGAUUCCCUAAGGCCAAAUUUCCUUUUUAUCAAAUGAGGUUGGUCUGUUGUUUGGGGGAGUCAGCACACAUGCUGCAGCUUGAUUUACGGUUUACCAUUCUCAGGGGAGUUCUGGUUCAUAGGACAGUGUUUGCAUCAUGAAUGAGUGAAUCAAGCAUGGUCUUGUCUGAGUUUCGUACAUUACAUACUUAAAGUCAACCUUGCAUUUGAUAUUAGUACUGUUGAUGUUUAAUAUACAUGUUUAUCUCUUGUAAGAAAAGUUUUCUACUUUUAGGCCUCGUCACAAAAGCAGUUAAAGGAUAGGUUUGCAUUUUGUUAAGUCUGUCUUAAAGUAGUACUUGCAUACCCAUAUAUGUACAUUCAAAGAAUUACUGGUCAGUGUAUGGCGAUGAAGUUUGGUGCAACACUAGUGUAAGAAGUGGAGGAAAAACUCUACAUUCCUCCUCCUUCAAAAAUGUAAGUCAAACCUCAGUGGAAGCUAAUAUGAGGCUUCAACAGUCUGAGUCAAGGGGGUAUCAUUUGAGGGUAUUGGCUUUUUGGCAUGAAAUUCCCUCUUUGUGUUUCCCCAGAUGGUGUCUUCUUACUAUUUCUUUGCCAUAGCUCAGUAACAUAAAGAGGGAGUUAUGGACUAAAAAGACUCAUUAUGUCUAACCUGGACUGCUAAAGCUUCAAAUUAACUUCAGCUGAACUUUAGAGUACUUUUUUUUUUUUUUUUUUUUUUUCUACACAACAAGAACUAUAAAUGUCCACAUCGGCAUAUGGGAAUUAUUUUAGGACAGACUUUUAGGAGAAAAAAAAAAGUGAAGUCCUUUAAAAGAUAAAGUUUUGAUACUCAAAGCCAAUUUCAGAUCCAGUUAAGAAUGACCAUUUAAUGUCACUUUGAGAUUGCUGACAAAAGGUGUGGAUGAAUAUGGGUAUCACCAUUAAUGUCAAAUAUAACAGCAUAAAAAUGCUUACGUGUGAUGUGCCUGAAGAGUUGUCACAGGCUUGCAAUCCGGAUAUGAUGCUGAUGUCUGAGGCAUCUUCAAAUGCUACUUGAUUAGUCUUCAGUAGCAUUUAUAAGCUGUUUUUUUUUUAGGAUUUAUACAAUUUUUAUUUCAUGUGUAGUAUGGGAGAUGAGCUGUGGACCAGUGGUCAUAUGAUUUGUGAUUGCAUGAUGAUGGUUCUUGAUCCUCCACAGAAAUCAUGUCCACAUUGUGCUGUGCUUUAAGCGCCAAAAACCGAUGUUAAAGACAUUAAAUGUCUCUUCCAUUAUGAUUAGAAAAAGUAGGCUUUAAAACUCCUCAAAGACUCACCCCUUAUGGACAUUGCAGUCUUGGAGUUUGACCCAUAGGCUAUCUCACAAGGUCAAACAAGUCAGACUGUCCCAAGAAGGGAAGGAACGCCAUAAAAUGGAGCUAAUUAUAUAGUAGCACAUUAGGAGAGCUGCAUAUUUCUGCAUUUUUAGUACAAAGAUUUCUCUAGGAUCCCAAAUGGAGAGAACCAAAUCUACUUUUCCUGACUGCUUUGGUGAAAUAACUUAAAUUGGCCUCGUUUUUGAGUAAAAUCUCGAUUUAAUUGGCGUGAUGGACAAUUAUAGGGUCACGUAAAA